AUGGUGAAUUUCCACUCAGUGAUGGUGCUGGUUGGCAUUGCAAAUGCAGCGAUGGUCUCCUCUGCUGUCACUCCAAAGUACUUGAACUGGACGACAUUCAGUGCUACCGGAGUCAACCUUGGUGGAUGGCUGGAGCAGGAGUCUACCAUUGACACUACCUGGUGGGCUCAGUAUUCUGGUGGAGCCGCAGAUGAAUGGAAUCUCUGCGCUCAUCUUGGUACUCAGUGUGGUCCUGUCCUUGAGCGCCGGUACGCGACUUGGAUUACCACCUCCGACAUUGAUACUUUCGCGGCGGCGGGUAUUAACGUCCUUCGAAUCCCGACUACCUAUGCUGCCUGGAUCAAGGUCCCGGGCUCUCAGCUUUAUACUGGGAAUCAAAAGUCCUCCCUCAAAAAUAUAGCGAGCUACGCUAUCAACAAGUACGGCAUGCACAUCAUCAUUGAUAUUCAUUCUCUUCCUGGUGGUGUCAAUGGAAUGGCUUUCGGGGAAGCUGUGGGUCAUUAUGGCUGGUUUAACAACGCGACAGCCCUCAAAUAUUCUUUGGAGGCUGUUGAUGCAGUCAUCGCCUUCAUUCAGAGCUCUCAGUUCCCUCAGUCUUUCACAAUCGAGCCAAUCAAUGAGCCCGUCGAUGUUGCUGAUCUCUCACUUUUUGGGAGUACAUAUUGCCUCACUGAUAGUGGUGCUCAAUGGGUGCAAAGCUAUAUUCACCAAGUCAUUUCUAAAGUUCAAGCUGUCAAUUCUCGAAUCCCUGUGAUGUUCCAGGGCAGCUUCAAGGGAGAAGAGUAUUGGUCCUCGAAAUUCACCACGGGAACGAACUUGGUGUUUGACGUACACAAUUACUACUUUGCGGGCCGUGCAGCCAGCUCAGCGAAUCUGACGGAAUACAUUUGUGAGGAUGCUGUCAGUGCCCCUGGUGAUGGGAAAUUCCCUGUUUUUAUUGGAGAAUGGGCUAUUCAAGCAGAAAUCGACAACACGUUCUCGAGUCGGGAACAGAACUUGCAGACUGGUCUUGCAGCAUGGAAGAAGUACACUCAAGGCAGCUCCUACUGGACUGCUAAGUUCACUGGAAACGCGACUGUCAGUGGCGAAGGCACACAGGCAGACUACUGGAACUAUGAAACUUUCAUCAACUUGGGAUACACUGGCUCCUCUACCAAAGCAGUGGCAUGUUGA